AAAAAAAAAAAAAAUUUAUCAGCAAUGGCUCCUGUCCCACCCGAGGUUGUUUAUGACGUCCAGAACAUUCACACCGCCCUCACAUAUGCUGUACCAGACCAAGAAGCCUUAGUCAACAUCAUUGGCCGCAGAGAAUAUCAGCAAUUAAUCGAAAUUGCUCGUUAUUACAAAUCUCUUUAUAAUACGGACCUCGCAACAGAACUCGAUCGACGUAUCAUUGGAAGUGUUGGAUCAUUGCUGUCCUUUGCUUGUAUGAACAGGGUCUUGGCUGGGGUCCUAUACCUGCACAACGCUGGCAAAAGCAAACGCAAAUACGAAGUCUUAAGAAAAAAUGAUACUGCCGUUGAGGUGUUUUGUGAGAGAGUUUUGGUGGGAAGAACACCUGAAGAAAUACGUGAGCUCCAGGGAGCAUUCACUGCUGUCUAUCAUUCAGAUUUGAGGGAUCACAUCAUGUCCUAUCUGCAUGAUGACGUUGUCAAGGCUUUCUUCACUGCCAUCCUACAGGACAAGGAAGAAAAACCACUUGAAGAUCGCAAGGCAGCUAUCGAAAAGUUUCAUUCGUUAUUGUAUGGUCAUGAUUUAGCAGCCGUGCUUGAAUAUGUCUCCUCACUUACAACGGCACAACUGUGCGAUCUUGUACGCCACUACAACAUGUGUUAUCAGGACUCACAUACCGUGACCACGAUUAGGAAACAGUUUGGACAUAAGCAUAAAGGAGAGCAGCUGGAUGUCUUGUUGUUUGCGGUCAUGCAAGCUUCCGAUCCAGCUCGUCAUAUUGCUUUGUUGUUGGAGAACUCAAUGUAUGGGCUUGGGACCAAUGAGGAUCAAUUGUCCCGCUUGGUGGUCCUCCACCGAGGUAACAUGAUGGAAAGGGUCAAAACUGCAUACCAUGUUGAUAACAGUCGAACAUUGGCAGAUCGUAUCAGGGGUGACACUUCGGGUCUGUACAGCAAUUUGCUUUGCCAUUUAAUUAACCAAACUAUCUAAGAUCCAAGCAAAUGUAUGCGCCCACAAAGACAGCGUUGUUGAUUUAUGCUUUACAAGACAUAAGAGAAAAGAAAGAAAGCUCUGCAAUUGUUUAUAUCCUCCUCGCAACUUAUAGUAAAGAUUCCUGAC